GAUUUCUCCCGACGGAGAUAGGAGCAGGGUGAAAUGUAAAAUCUUGUUUCCUCACCCGCCAACGAUCGUCCUCUCACGGUCCAGUUAUCGCCAAUGGAGCCUCACCUUCAUCUUCGCGACGCCUCAAUCCUCCGCUCCUGCAGAGUCGAUUCAAUGGCUUCCAUCGGUCCCACUCGGUCCUUCAUCUCUUCUUCCCGCGCCCCGUCGCUUAAGCGGAGUUCCGACCAGGCUUCUGAUAAUGGCCUACAGAGAGAUCCGAAGAAGGGUCUGUCUCGAAUUCUCAGGAAAGACGCUGCUAUUAGAGCUAUAGAGCGGAAAGCCAACUCCAAGAAGUACAAUAAUCUGUGGCCCAAAGCUGUUCUGGAGGCUCUCGAUGAGGCUAUUCAGGACAAUCUCUGGGAGACUUCUCUUAAGAUUUUUGGACUACUUCGCCAGCAACGAUGGUAUGAACCAAGAUGCGAAACGUACACAAAAUUGUUGAUGAUGCUGGGUAAGUGCAGGCAACCUGAACAAGCAAGUUUGCUGUUUCAAAUUUUGUUGUCUGAGGGGUUGAAACCCUCUAUUGAUGUUUACACUGCUCUCGUUAGUGCUUAUGGUCGAAGUGGCCUCCUUCACAAGGCCAUUUCAAUAGUAGAUGAAAUGAAAUCAGUUUCUGACUACAAGCCAAAUAUACAUACAUAUUCAAUUCUCAUUGACUGUUGCACAAAACUCCGUCGGUUUGAUCUUCUGAAGGGCAUACUUACUGAUAUGUCAUACCUUGGAAUUGCUUGUAAUACGGUCACUUACAAUACUAUAAUUAAUGGAUUUGGAAAAGCUAAAAUGUUUGAGCAAAUGGAAAGCUUGUUAUUGGAAAUGAUUGAAAGUGGUAGCUGCCAUCCAGAUUUGAUUACAUUCAAUUCUUUAAUAAAAGCUUAUGGAAAUAGUGAGCAGAUUGAGAAGAUGGAGAAGUGGUAUAAUGAAUUUCAGCUGAUGGGAAUCAGACCAGACGUUUGGACAUUCAAUACUAUGAUUAGCUCAUAUGGGAAAGCUGGAAUGUAUGACAAGAUGGUGUCUGUUUUGAAUUUCAUGGAAAACCGCUUUUUCUCUCCAACAGUUGUUACUAUGAAUACAAUCAUUGAUGUGUUUGGAAGAGCUGGAAAUAUUGAGAAGAUGGAAGAAUACUUCAAAAACAUGAAACAUCAGGGAAUGAAGCCCAACUCUGUGACUUACUGUUCCCUUGUUAAUGCUUAUGGUAAAUCUGGUAAUAUUGAGAAAGUUGAAUCGAUUUUGAGGCAAAUCGAAAAUUCUGAUGUGGUACCAGAUACGCCCCUUUUUAACUGCCUUAUUAAUGUGUAUGGCCAAGCUGGUGAUGUGAAAAGGAUGGGAGAAUUGUUCUUGAAAAUGAAAGAGAAUAAAUGUGUGCCGGACAACAUUACAUUUGGUACAAUGAUUCGGGCAUUAAAUGCUCAAGGCAUGACCGAGGCUGCUCAAAGAUUGGAGAAUAAGUUGCUUGCCACCAGAGAUGACAAGUGAGGUGGGCACGGAGAGAAAACCUGGCUUGACAAGAAAACAGUGCUUAACACUUCCCUAGUGGGGAAGACCCACAAUGCUGCCACCGAGGGCAUGGUUUUUUAAGGGAUCUCUGUCUUCAUUAGAGCAAGCCAUACUUCUCAAUUCAUUAGGUAGACUUUGUUCAUUAAUCGGAACUGUCACAAUACAAAUUUAAACCUAAGAUUCCCAUAUUGUUUCUUUUGUUAUUACUCGCUUGUUUGAUUAUAAAUGGUUUCCCUGUUGGAUAACACUUUUCACAACCAAGUUUUGUGAAUAUUCAGGCUCAAAGUAGAUCGCAAAUCUAGCAAAAGUUUGUGUUUUGUGAAGCGGCAAUGAAUAUCUUUCACUGCAAGGAAAGUUUCUUGAUGGUCUUUUUCGUUGACAUGUAAGCGCACCAUUUUCUGUUCUUUAUCUAAUUGGCGCAAAGAAUUUCUUAUGAGUUACGAUAGAGACUGUAAUGUGUACAAUCCCAGAAGUCACCUCUCAUUUCAAUUGUUUGCAUAAAAAUGCAGAAUGCUAUUGGUUUAAGGAUGAGACCAACUCUGCCUGUAACCAAAUCUAAAUUUUUCCAGUUAUAGUUGCAUUCGUGACACCGUAUAACAGUAUACUUUUAUGUUUGCACUUA